UUGACCAUUCCUGGUGUGACCAUGACUCUCUCCAGUGAGUUUGAAGCUUCUCAACACGCCGAGGAUGAGAUUGACAUAGUGGGCGAGGAUGAGCCCACCCACGGGCGUUUGUAUCGAAGUGAGUGCUCCACGGACCCCGGGUCCUCUGAGUUUGACUCCUCGGAGCCGGACUCUUCUGGUGAAAGCGAGACCAGUUUCUGCGCAGACGACGCACCAGAAACCAGCAGGAAAGCAGCAGCAUCAUCCCAGAGCAGCUCUGUGAAGCCUCCCUACUCCUACAUCGCCCUCAUCACCAUGGCCAUCCUGCAGAGCCCCGUGAAGAAGCUGACUCUCAGCGGCAUCUGUGAUUUCAUCAGCAACAAGUUCCCUUACUACCGAGACAAGUUCCCGGCCUGGCAGAACAGCAUCAGGCACAACCUGUCUCUCAACGACUGCUUCAUCAAGAUCCCCAGGGAGCCUGGGAACCCGGGUAAAGGCAACUACUGGUCUCUGGACCCGGCUUCCGAGGACAUGUUCGACAACGGCAGCUUCCUCAGGAGGAGGAAGCGCUUCAAGAGGAACCAGCCGGAGCUGGGCAAAGACGGACUUGUGUUUUAUUCCAACUUGAACUGCUACCGGGCCUACGGGCAACCAUACCAUGUGAGCCCAACGCCAGCUGCUCCUCUCCGGUACAUGCCUCCUCUGCAGGAGGGCAUCAUGAUGCCUCCAUCUUCCUAUCACAUCAUACCACAAACUUUGAAGUGCAGCAGGCCUAAAGACUUCAGAGAACCAGCUGAGCCAAAGACAUCAUCAGCAAAGUGCUCCUUCAGCAUAGACAGCAUCAUGAGCAAACCCUCUCCCAUCACUCCACACAAUCCUCUUGGGUUCAGUCAUCUUAUGUCUGGUCCUGCUGGUGCAUGUUUGGUUCCUACUCCUCUCCUGCAGCCUCCCAGGACUCCUUUCUGCUCUCCUGCCAUGCUGAGCACUGCUGAGCACCUCAGACUCUCCUACCACCACCACUGCUGAAGGAAGCCUUUACAUUACAGUGUCUGUAUGUUUUUGAUGGUGUAGCUCAUUUCUUAUAGAAAUGUUUUUAAUUGCAUGAUAUUUAUGUGACAUUCAAAGUCUUAAAAAAAAUAUCUGUGUAAAUAAGAUGAGUGGUAAUAUAUUAUAUAUAUAUGCGUUUGUGAGA